AUGCCAACCAUACUACAAUUUCAACCUCUAUCAUCUCAGCCAUCGCCUGCAUUCUGGUCUGCGUUGAACAAUUUCAAGCUUGAAAAGCUCAAAUUGGAUGACACGCGGCAACCUAUCACUGCUUGGUUGGAGGAAGGCAGAGAGAUUGCCGACAGAGAAGCGAAGGGUGGUGAGGGGUUGAUAGGGGUCGAUGGGUCCGUCGGGUUAGGCUCAGCAGCUUUCGGCGAGGAGGGUUCUCAUUCGUUUAGACCUCCGCUGGGCUCAACAUCGCUUAAAGGGGUAUUCAAGAAUUUCAAUACAGUAGAAGAAUUCAAAGCGACUGAUCCGAAGAAGGACCUUUUCAACUCGAUAGUAGACGAGAUGCUUGACUCAUUCGCAACGGACUCGCCAAACCUCAAUCCUUUCCUACUCGUCACAUUCGCCGACCUAAAGAAAUAUGUCUACCAUUAUUGGUUCGCAUUUCCUGCACUCGUCUCCAAGCCAGCUUGGGAGAUGGAGGAUCGAGGGCUUCAAGCGGCGGAACAAGUAGACGUCGCGGAGAUCCGAGCGCUCGCGAAGAACAUGUCGUUCAGUGACGGCGCGUACCUUAUCAAGGGGCCUCGGGGUCAGCGCUCAGCUGGCCCUUUGAGCUCCGCCAAAAGCUUCUUCGAGGGAGUCAUAGACGAGGAGCGUACGGUGGCAUUCCACGACCCUUCCUCUAUUGUAUCCGCUCCGGGUUGGCCUCUGCGUAAUAUCCUGGUCUACCUCCACCGAGUCCAUUCCAUCUCAUCUAUCACGGUAUUCUGUCUACGAGCCGGUUCAAGCCGCGUCUGUCGAGCCAGCCUACCCAGUCCGGAAACAAGUGACAAGCCUUCAGCAGUGGGGUGGGAGAGGAACAAGGUGGGCAAGCUGGCCAGUAGAGUGGCGGAUCUUGGACCUAUGAUGGAUCCAAUGAGACUCGCGGAUCAAGCUGUGGAUUUGAAUCUCAAGCUGAUGCGAUGGCGAAUCAUGCCGACACUGGAACUUGACAAGGUCGCGUCUACCAAGUGUCUCUUGCUUGGAGCAGGCACUCUGGGAUGCUACGUCGCAAGGGCUUUAAUGGGCUGGGGCGUCAGAAACAUAACAUUUGUCGAUUCUGCUCGGGUUUCAUAUUCCAACCCCGUUCGUCAACCGCUCUUCGAGUUUGAGGACUGCUUGGACGGCGGCAAACCCAAAGCACAAUGUGCCGCAGAUCACCUCAAGAGGAUCUUCCCCGGUGUCAACGCCAACGCUCACUCCUUCCUUAUUCCUAUGCCUGGCCAUCCAAUCCCAUCUGCCUCUAUCGCCGAAACCAAAGCAAGCGUCGCCCAGCUCGAGUCUCUAAUCUCCUCUCAUGAUGCGAUCUUCCUUUUGAUGGACUCACGCGAGUCCAGAUGGCUGCCUACCGUCAUUUCUUCCAGUCAGAACAAGAUUGUCAUCAAUGCUGCAUUGGGCUUCGACUCGUACCUUGUCAUGAGGCACGGAGCUUCGCCAAGCUCUCAGGGCAAGCGAUUAGGCUGUUAUUACUGCAACGACAUCGUUGCACCGACGGAUUCCUUGAGCGACCGAACGCUUGAUCAAAUGUGCACAGUCACCCGGCCUGGUAUAGCACCGAUCGCCUCGGCGACCGCGGUCGAGCUCUUGACAUCGCUUGUGCAGCAUCCGCUUGGAAUCAACGCUCCUGCCGAAGUCACCGAUGCUUAUCGCGACGAAGAAGCAGGCUCGCCUCUCGGUAUCGUCCCACAUCAACUGCGCGGCCAGCUCAGUCAAUGGAAGACGCAUUUGAUCGAAGGUGCGGCAUAUGACAGAUGUACGGGAUGUUCAAACAUUGUCGUCGACGCUUAUAGAAAAGACGCAUUCGACAUGCUGAUACGGGCUUUCAAUGAAGUUGAUUAUUUGGAAAAGCUCACGGGUCUCGAUGAGCUCCACAAAGACAGCGAAGCAAUGAUGGAGAAUUUGGAUUGGGAGGAGGGUAGUGAGGAGGACUUUUAG